AUGAAUGGUUCAGUAGUCAAUGGUUGCGCCGAUUCAUCAGUCUCUAAGCGACGAAGAUUAGAAGGCAAAGUAGCCAUAGUCACCGGCGGUGCUAGCGGCUUCGGUGAAAGCACGGUGAGACUGUUCGCUGAACAAGGCGCCAAAGUCUUGAUCGCCGACGUCCAAGAUGACCUAGGACUUUCUCUUUGUAACGAUCUAGUGUCUGAAUCCGGAUACAAUGAUGUUAUCUACGUUCAUUGUGAUGUUACUCAAGAUUCCCAAGUGAAGAAUGCCGUCGACACCGCCAUUUCCAAGUUUGGAAAGCUGGAUAUCAUGUUCAACAACGCCGGCAUCCCGGGGAACUUGGAUUUCACGAUCUUAGACACUGAUUACGAAAACUUCAAACGGGUUUUUGAAGUCAACGUUUUUGGACCAUUAUUGGGAGCCAAACAUGCUGCUAGGGUUAUGAUUCCGGCGAAGAGUGGAGUGAUUUUGUUUACUUCGAGUUCAGCCUCGGUGGUUUCCGGCGAGUCUCCACAUUCUUAUACGGUGUCGAAACAUGCGGUGGUGGGGUUGAUGAAGAACUUGUGUGUGGAAUUGGGACAGUAUGGGAUUCGUGUGAACUGCAUUUCACCUGGCUCAGUCUCGACGCCGCUGCUGACGACUGCAAUGGGACUGGAGAAGACGGCGGUGGAUGAUAUCGUGUGUUCUUCGGCCGUCUUGAAAGGGGUGGUGCCGACGGCGGAGGAUGUGGCGGAGGCGGCGUUGUAUCUGGUGAGCGAUUCGUCGAAAUUUGUGAGUGGGAUCAAUCUGGUGGUGGAUGGAGGUUACAGCACCACCAAUCCGACUUACACAAAUGUAAUCAAACAAACGUUUGCAGCCUUGGCCAAAGACACUUGUUGACGGCAACGAUUACCAUAUUUUGGGGAGUAUUUCGAAUUAUUUAUUGUAUUUCUUAAAAUAAAUAAUUAAAUUAUGUGUAUUCCAAAGAUGUUGGAUAAUUUUUGAUGAU